GCCUUCCCCGCCCCUCCCGCGGGAGCGCGCCCCGCGGUACAGCAGGGGCGGGGGUGCCGGGGAGGUGAUAGGCGCGGGAGCGCGCCCCGCGGUACAGCAGGGGCGGGGGUGCCGGGGAGGUGAUAGGCGCGGGAGCGCGCCUGCCUCGGUUCUGCUCGCUGAGCUGCCGAGCCGGCAGCAGUAGGAGGAGGUGGAGGAGGAAGACGAGCGCGGCUGCGGGUCCCCAUCCACCCUCUCCCUGGGCGGAGGGGGGCUGCACCUUCCCGCAAGGCAGUGACGUAAAGACCUGUCAUACAGGGAAUAAGAAAGAAGGUAAAGAGAUAGACCAUCUUGCUCAGAAGUUAUUUGUACAAAGGUUUCUUGUUUAUAUUCACAUAACUAUUCCAAGCUACCUAGUCUGAUGAAGUUGAACUUCAUUCUUCAGGUGUGAUUUACUCAGUACAGCCUAAAAUCAUGACGAAAAAGAAGAGUAUAUCUGCAAGCAAAGCUUCCUUGGUCCUCUUUCUGUGCCAAAUGAUUUCUGCAUUGGACGUACCUCUUGACUCAAAACUUCUAGAAGAAUUGUCGCAACCUCCUACGAUAACUCAGCAGUCUCCAAAAGAUUACAUUGUUGACCCUCGAGAGAAUAUUGUAAUACAGUGUGAAGCAAAAGGAAAGCCACCUCCUAGCUUCUCCUGGACACGCAAUGGAACUCAUUUUGAUAUAGAUAAAGAUGCACAGGUAACAAUGAAACCAAAUUCAGGGACCCUUGUCAUAAAUAUUAUGAAUGGUGGGAAGGCAGAAGCGUAUGAAGGAGUAUACCAGUGUACAGCAAGGAAUGAACGAGGAGCAGCCAUUUCCAACAAUAUUGUGAUAAGACCCUCUAGAUCCCCUUUGUGGACGAAGGAAAAACUAGAACCAAAUCAGGUUCGAGAAGGCGAUUCACUAGUACUACACUGCAGACCUCCUGUUGGCUUACCACCACCUAUAAUAUUUUGGAUGGAUAAUGCUUUCCAAAGGCUGCCUCAAAGUGAAAGAGUUUCCCAAGGUCUAAAUGGAGACCUUUAUUUUUCUAAUGUACAACCAGAAGACACCCGGGAGGACUAUAUCUGCUAUGCAAGAUUUAAUCAUACACAAACUAUACAGCAGAAACAACCCAUUUCUGUAAAAGUCUUUUCAAUGGAUUCAUUGAAUGACACUAUAGCUGCUAAUUUGAGUGACACUGAUGUUUAUGGUGCGAGGCCAGUUACAGAGAGGCAGCCAGUUCUGCUAACACCAACAGGUAGCACAAGUACCAAAGUGGAACUCAGAGGAAAUGUGCUUUUGUUGGAGUGCAUUGCAGCUGGAUUACCCACACCAGUAAUCCGCUGGAUUAAAGAGGGUGGGGAACUACCAGCCAACAGAACGUUUUUUGAAAACUUUAAGAAAACUCUCAAGAUUAUAGAUGUUUCAGAAGCUGACUCUGGAAACUACAAAUGUAUAGCAAGGAACAUAUUAGGUUCUGCUCAUCAUGUCAUAUCAGUAACUGUGAAAGCUGCCCCGUACUGGAUAACAGCACCCAGAAACUUGGUCUUGUCUCCUGGAGAAGAUGGGACAUUGAUCUGCAGAGCUAAUGGCAACCCCAAGCCUAGUAUAAGCUGGUUAGCAAAUGGCGUUCCCAUAGCAAUUGCCCCAGAAGAUCCUAGCAGAAAGGUGGAUGGUGAUACCAUAAUUUUCUCACAUGUGCAAGAGAGGUCAAGUGCUGUCUAUCAGUGCAAUGCUUCUAAUGAAUAUGGAUACUUGCUAGCAAAUGCAUUUGUGAAUGUUCUGGCUGAGCCACCAAGAAUUCUAACUCCUGCUAAUAAACUGUAUCAAGUCAUCGCAGAUAGUCCUGCAUUGCUAGACUGUGCUUAUUUUGGUUCACCUAAGCCUGAAAUUGAAUGGUUUAAGGGAGUGAAAGGUAGCAUCUUGCAUGGAAGUGAAUACAUUUUCCAUGAUAAUGGAACUUUGGAAAUUCCGGUGGCUCAGAAGGAUAGUACUGGUGCAUACACAUGUGUAGCGAGGAAUAAAUUAGGAAAGAUACAAAAUGAGGUGCAAUUGGAAAUUAAAGAUCCAACAGUGAUAAUUAAACAACCAGAAUACAAAGUGAUUCAGAGAUAUGGCCAAGUUUCAUUUGAGUGUAUAAUAAAGCAUGAUUCUACCUUAUUACCAACUGUUAUAUGGUUGAAGGACAAUGAUGAGCUGCCAGAUGAUGAAAGGUUUCUAGUUGGUAAAGACAACUUGACCAUUAUGAAUGUAACUGAUAAAGAUGAUGGAACAUACACUUGCAUAGUUAAUACUACUCUGGACAGUGUUUCAGCAAGUGCUGUGCUUACUGUUGUUGCUGCUCCCCCAACUCCAGCUAUCAUUUACGCUCGGCCAAAUCCACCCUUUGACUUGGAAUUGACAGGUCAGCUAGAAAGAAGCGUUGAACUCUCAUGGAUACCAGGAGAUGAAAAUAACAGUCCUAUUACAAACUUUGUGAUUGAAUAUGAAGACGGGCUGCAUGAACCAGGGUUAUGGCAUUACCAGACGGAAGUUCCUGGAACUCAGACAACAGUACAGUUGAAGUUGUCUCCGUAUGUCAACUACUCAUUCCGUGUGAUAGCUGUGAAUGAGAUUGGCAGAAGUCAGCCGAGUGAACCAUCUGAGCAGUACCUGACAAAAUCUGCAAACCCUGAUGAAAAUCCUUCUAAUGUACAAGGGAUAGGCUCAGAACCUGAUAAUUUGGUAAUAACAUGGGAGUCUUUAAAAGGUUUUCAGUCUAAUGGACCAGGGCUUCAGUACAAAGUCAGCUGGCGCCAGAAAGAUGUUGAUGAUGAAUGGACAUCUGUUAUAGUUGCAAACGUAUCUAAAUAUAUUGUGUCUGGUACACCAACUUUUGUUCCCUAUGAAAUUAAAGUACAAGCUUUAAAUGACCUGGGGUAUGCACCAGAGCCAUCAGAGGUGAUAGGACAUUCCGGGGAAGACUUGCCAAUGGUUGCUCCAGGCAACGUGCAAGUUCAUGUUAUUAACAGCACAUUAGCAAAGGUGCAUUGGGACCCAGUUCCACUAAAAACUGUCCGCGGACACCUUCAAGGGUACAAAGUUUACUACUGGAAAGUGCAGAGUCUAUCCAGAAGGAGUAGGCGACAUGUAGAAAAAAAGAUCUUGACUUUCAAAGGAAACAAGACUUUUGGAAUGUUGCCAGGGCUGGAACCAUAUAGUACUUACAAGCUGAAUGUUAGAGUUGCUAAUGGUAAAGGAGAAGGACCAGCAAGUCCAGACAAAGUAUUUAGGACCCCUGAAGGAGUUCCCAGCUCACCCUCCUUUUUGAAGAUUACUAACCCAACACUGGACUCUCUGACACUGGAGUGGGGUUCACCUACCCAUCCAAAUGGUGUUUUGACAUCAUAUAUACUGAAGUUUCAGCCAAUCAACAACACACAUGAAUUGGGUCCCCUGGUAGAGAUAAGAAUUCCUGCCAAUGAGAGCAGCUUGAUAUUAAAAAAUUUAAAUUACAGCACACGGUACAAGUUUUACUUUAAUGCACAAACUUCAGUUGGAUCAGGAAAUCAGAUAACUGAGGAAGCAGUAACCAUUAUGGAUGAAGCUGGUAUUCUCCAUCCUGCUGUAGGUGCAGGCAAAGGAUAUUCAGAAACCCUUUUUGCAACCUCCCCAGUCAUGCACACUGUCCGUCCAACAUUCUAUAAGGUGCAACCACUUUAUCCAAGGAUCAGAAAUGUUACAACAGCUGCCGCUGAGACCUAUGCCAAUAUCAGUUGGGAGUAUGAGGGACCAGAUCAUGCGAACUUUUAUGUUGAAUAUGGUGUAGCAGGCAGCAAAGAAGAUUGGAAAAAAGAAAUUGUAAAUGGUUCUCGAAGCUUCUUUGUGUUAAAGGGUUUAACACCAGGAACAGCAUAUAAAGUCCGGGUUGGUGCUGAGGGCCUGUCUGGUUUUAGGAGUUCAGAGGAUGUGUUUGAGACAGGUCCAGCAAUGGCAAGUCGGCAGGUAGACAUCGCUACUCAAGGAUGGUUCAUUGGUCUUAUGUGUGCUGUUGCUCUUCUGAUCUUGAUAUUGCUAAUUGUUUGCUUCAUAAGGAGGAAUAAAGGUGGCAAAUAUCCAGUGAAGGAAAAGGAGGAUGCACAUGCUGAUCCAGAAAUACAACCUAUGAAGGAAGAUGAUGGAACAUUUGGUGAAUACAGGUCCAUGUCUACUUGGACAGGAAAGAAACUGGACAAGGAAAAGAAAAGAAAAGGUAGCUGUGCCAGUUCUCCUGAAGCAGACCCUGUAUUUACCAAAGCAAAGUCUGUGAGAUCUGACAGAUCCAACUUCUUCAGAAGGUCAGGGGAUCAAUACUCCAGCACCAGAUCAGAGACCUCCUACACCAGGAGGAGGGCUAGGCAGUCUUCAGAGCUUGCAAGGGUUAGUUCUGUCUCUGCUUCCCUCUGCCGAGAGGAAAAGAGGUCAGACGAAUGGAAGUACAGGCAUGGCUCUAGACAUCAUGCUUCUGAGCAACAGAUAAUGGGGUUGGAGGAGGGCUCAGAUUCUCAGGCAGGACAGCCAUCUCCUUUCCAGCAACCCCUCAGCUGCAACUCAAUUCGUGGCUCACUGGCAAGGCAGCAUUCUUCUCUCCAACACUGGUCCAGCCAGACCCCAGACUACAGUUCAGAUUCAGAAGACAAUCAGAGCUCCUACCACAGGAAGGUAAGACCUUCUACUACUACUCACUUCUCUGAAUCUGACAAGAAUUCAUUAAUGAAAUCUGUAAUUUUGCCUGAGUUAGCUGCUGUCUUAAAGGAUGCUUUGACAGCAGCCAGACAAAGUAUAACUUCUGUGGCACAGGCUAGGUCCCAUUCAGUAAAACAUCCCAGGGUACCAAUUACAGAAGUUCCAGUGAUUCCUCUAGAAGCUAGUGGGAGCAGUUCCCAAACUUUUGAGUCUGACCAUAUGGACAGUUUAAAAGAUCAAACAGCUUCUGGGAAGGGAAAAUCUGAGUCUGUCAAGGCCUUGGAGAUUGAGUCAUCCCCUGAAGAUGGGGAAGUGUCAUCUGAGUCUCCUACAGAAGACCAACAAGUACCAGAUGUGCUGCGUAAAUUUGACAUAGAAAACCAGAAUUAUCUGUUCAAGCACAUAAAGAGAGUGUUAAUGCUAAAAUCUUCCAAAUCUGAAUGUGCUUCAGAAGAACUGUUUCUCCCAUCUGAAGAAGGCAAGGUAAAUAAUGCACUUCCUAUCCAUUCAACAGUGGAAGACCUUGUCUGUAAGAUUUGGGGUAAUCCUGAGGCAAAGCAUGAAGCCCCAGCAGUCCUACAUAAGCUCUAUCCUUUUCCAGUGGAUAAAGCUGCUUUGUGGGGGACCUUGCCUCAAGUAGACAGAGCAUUGGUUACUGGUGGUUCUGUACUAUCAAUACCUGCUAAUACUGAUGCUUUCCCUAAAGAUCUUACUGAUAGAAAGGUUGAGGAAGCAAUUAAAAGAUCUUUCAAGCUUGUUGCAGCCCAGCUUGCAGUAUCUAUCUACAGCACUUAUGCUUCUAGAGCGUUACUAAUAUGGUUGGAGGAAGAACAAGCCAGAUUCAGAAAGAAAUGGGUCCCAUCUGGUGCCAUGCAGAGGAAACACAGACUGUGUAAAAUUGCAGCUAAUUUUAUCCAUGAUGCAGCUGAGGAUUCUCUUAGACUCACUGUCAAAAAUAUGGCAUGCCUCACUGUAGCCUGGAGAGCUAUAUGGCUACGUCCUUGGGCCUCAUUGCUAGAUCUAAAAUGUAAACUGCUGUCUUUACCAUACACAGGUGGCAAGCUAUUUGGUGAAUCCUUGGUCCAGAUCAUAAAGGAUUUCUCAGAACACAAACACUUCUUACAUCAGCUGAAAAAAAAGAGCUCCCUUGGAAGCUCUUCAUUUUCUUAUUCUCACAAGUGUCUGAGCAACUUGCGUUCUCCUCCCAAGUUUAAAGGAGGGAAGGGAAAGUAUAACGUCUCACAGUCAUUUCAUGCCAAGUACAAAAGGACAUCUCACUUUCAGAGAGACACCAGACCAUCAAGAGGAACUUUCUAAGAUUUGCGUCCUCCUUUCUCAGAAACUGGUCAGGGUGAAAGACUUGGAAAUUUAUACUGAAUAGCCUUCAAUAUUUCUGACAAGAAAGUUCAUUGCUUAGAAAAUUAGUUGUUUUAAAAUAAGAUUGAAAUUAUUAAAAUACUUAAAUCUUAAUGACUAAUUAAGAUGUUCUAGAGAAGUCAUAGCUCUCAAUUUUAGGGGAGGUUUCUGUCACAUUCAAUUUCUAUGCUUCUCAGUGUUGUUGGGAUGGCUUGGACUUGUUUUGCAGUUUUGCGCUCUUCAACGUCAUCAAAGAGCAUACUUUCUGCAGAACCAGCCAACAUCAGAUUUUCCUGCCAUAUCGAUCUAACAAAGGAAUUAAUGCUUAAGGAAAUGCAGGUGCUUCAGGAACCACAGAAUGAACGGGUACACUAUGUCCCUGUGACUGGAGGAAUACGCACUUUUACAUAAUGAGGGAAAACAGCACCUCUGUAGCUAACUGCAGUACAAUCCCAGUGGUUUCCUGAGUUGUAGAAGACUGAGAUAGCAAAUUGUGGACAGUCAAUGCUUAUACCAAGAAACUGCAAGAAAUACAAGAAGUACCACAAGUGUGUGUUUAUUUAAAUUAAAAUUAAAGAUUAUCUAGAGCUCCAGUUCAGGUCAGUGUAUAAAACAGCCUAGAUUUUCACGCUGGGCCCUAAAUCAAGAGAAAUUAAGAAAUUUCUGUAGAAGACCUGUAGAUUCGUGGGUAGGGAGUGACUGCGAGCAUUCAUUUCUUAGUUAACUUCACAGGAAGUAUGAAAGUCUGGCAUCUCAUUGCAGUCUGCAAAAUGUUCUCAAGAAGAUCAAUCAGGGCAAGGCAACUGCAGUAGUAGGACUGCUAGUGCAGUAACACAGUAUGUUUGCAUAUUGUGUUGAAUUAUUUUGCCUUUUUCCUUCAACAUUCUGACACAAUAUUUUUCCUAUAAAUUUUUGGAUAUGCUAUGAGAAACUUUCUGGAAAUGGUUGGUGAAGAGUUCUGUGAUUGCUGGAUAAUCUAUUACUCUUCCUUCUUAUUCUGGGUUGAUUAACAAUGAAAAUAUAAUUAGUAACUACAAUAGUAUUUUUUUUCCUCUUGUAGUUAUUCAAGUUCUAUUGCGGCUUAGGUGUGUUUCCAGGGGGACGUCGCAAUGUUUUGUGCCUCAGCACUGUAAAUCUGAGCUUGGUCCCCUCUCAUGCAAGAGAUUAUGUCAGUGAACUGCGUUAAGAAUUCUUGUAUCUGAAUAGUCCGAUUGAUCUGGCAGUGUUGUUAUUGUUUCCUCAUUUACACACACAUGCUUUCUUUAACACUUAUUUUAAUUGUUGAACAUGUGUCACUACUUUUUAAAUAAGUGCUUUGAUUUUCCUUUGUAUAUAUUCUAGCAGAAAUAGCAAAUGUGGAAAGUUGGUUGAAUUUCUCUAAAGCAGAUUUUUCUUUAAAAUUUUCACAAGGAGUUGGUCAGAUUUUUUGACUAACAACAGCUUUUUCAACCCAUUGCUAUUUAAAGCCAGAGCUUAAUCUCCCAGUUUUUCCGUCUUCUGCCAGGAUUGAAGAUAGAGUUUUACAGAUGCUGAAGAAAAAAAGAGUCAGAAAACUAGUAUAGAUGUGCCUAUGGUUUAGCUAGAUGAGAAAUAGUAAAAUGUGUUGAAGUCUGGAUUGAUUCGGGAAAGCAUUUUUCACCUGCACAAUCCUGUCAAUUUAGGAGCAUGAGCAGAAACCUGUUAGGUGUUAGGGCAGAGGUUCUCCUGGAUCAUGCAGGGCAGCCCUGGUAUAAGGUACUUCUGUGGCUUUAUGUGACUGCUUAUACUUAAACAUUUCUGGGCUGUUCACCUGAGGGCACAGAAGAAGGAAUUUACUGCCAACAGUUUUCAUCUUCUGCAUCCUCCUGCGUCCAAUAGCCGAGAAUGCUUUAGCCAUUUUGUUUGGUUUAUGCUGCCUUUCUUCUGACAGUUGUGUUAUAAGGAAAAGUAGUAUAUUGCUAACCAUAUAUUGAGUCUUUUUGCAUGUCCAUGAAUGUGGCAAAGUUUGGUGGGAACUAGUUGCCUGCUGGACUGCAGAGCCAUCGUAAAACUGUCCUCCCCAUUCUGACUGGUUGCUGCAUGUACCCAUAUCUAAGGAAGAAAAAUUGAAAGGUUGAAAGAAGAAAGGACAUUUCAAGUGAUGCAGAGGACCAUAAACCUCUAAAAAAAGGAAGCCGGACACCUUCAGACAGAACUGUGAAAAAAGAAGAUAGUGAUGAUAGUUUAGUUGACUAUGGAGAAGGUGUAAAUGGUCAGUUCAAUGAGGAUGGCUCCUUUAUUGGACAAUAUAGUGGCAAAAAAGAGAAAGAACCUGCAGAAGGAAAUGAAAGCUCUGAGGCUCCUUCUCCUGUAAAUGCCAUGAAUUCAUUCGUGUAACCACAGAACUUGAUCCCCUUGUAUCUUCCAUUUGUUUAAAGCACUUGUACAUCCUCCUCCUCAUACUAUGAACAUGCAGGUAACGGAGCUCCUCACCACAAGAUAUUAAUGCUGUGAGAAUAUGCAGGUCAAUACAGGUUUACAGCAUAAUGACACAUUAAGUGGUAUGUUACUAUGAAUCAAAAGACAAAAUUCGAAUUUUGUUCAGAACUUGAGUAUUUUUACUUUUUUUAAAAGGAACUGACACAAACAAUAACAUCAACUUGUAAUUUUGUUUCCUGUUGAAAAUACAGUAAAAUGCAUGAUAAAAAAAAGAAAAAAAAAAAGCUACACAAUUCACAGAUAAACUCACAUACACUAUAAAAACAUGGUUUGACAAUUUGUUAUGCAGUCCUCAGCUGAAUCCCUGGAUAUGAAUUCCGUUUUCAUUGUCAGAGUGUUAUAGUAGUAUUAUAUAGAACUUCAAUGUCUUUGUGGACAUUGUUGUGAAAUUGGUGACUUAAUGUCUAGCUAUCAUAUGUCUUUUUUGCAAGACAGUUAGGAACAGUAUGUACAGUAUAUAAUUGCUAAAUGAUUUAAGUAUGACACUUGCAUUUGCUGAUGCUUAAUGAGACCCUAUUAUCUGCUCUUCGCUCCUAUUACUUUAUAGCCUUUUUAAUCUAUCAAGUAUUACAGCAGUACAGUGUUCUAUUUUUACAUCAAAAUACAUUGAAUUGAUUUUAGGGCAUAAAAGAUACGCAUUGCAAUGCAUUUUGGAAUUUGUACAGUCACGGGGAAAAAAAAAAAAAUAUAAAAAUGAGAGAAAAUAUUCCAGAAAACACAGGGCAAAAUACAUUCAGUGCCUUUAUACAAUAUGCAUUCCAUAAUGUGCUGUACUACUAAAUCAGUUGGUGCAGUAAACUGUGAUUAGCGGACUACUAUCAUUGCCAAAUAAAGUAAAAAUGUGAAGAAGACAAGUGUUAUGAAACUGUUGUGCUAAAAAUUGAAGGUUUUAAAUAUUUUAAACUACACAGAAGAGAGUAUGAUUUUUUUUUUCCCCUUUAAAAAUAAAAUCAGUGCUUUCUAGACAGUUCCAGCACAACAUGUUUUCAUGGCCUUAGAAAAUUAUAAAUGAAAUAAAACAAAAACAAAUCCAGAAUUAAAUUAUUUACUAACACAGCAAGGUACAAGCUCUUGUAAAAUAAAUUGUUAAACACCCAAACCAGCUGACUACACCAGUGAGAGUGCAUUUCCCUCUGUGUCCUGGCCUGAUCAGUGUGGCAGCUUUGUAAUUAUCUACACCCUGAAGCAGUGUCGGGGUUACUGCUGGGAACCACAGAUCUCAAUCUGACAAGUGCUAAUAUGGUUUAGUGGUAAAGGGUUACCAUGAUUGGUUACAAAAUCAUUUUCUCGCAUACUAUAUCAAUCAAAUGUUUACCUCCAAAUAUAAAUUUUUAUAACAACCUAUGGUUGAAGGAAUGCUCAGUUUCAUUUGCCAAUAAAUUGGUUUUUCAUAACUUGCAUCAAGUUUAAUUUUAAGUAAGCUUUUUAUAUGUAGAUAUUUUGUUGAAUUUGUAAAUACACUUAAAGCGUAGAUGCUAUAUGCUUCUAGGUGUUACAGACAAAUAAACCAAGAAAGCUUACGUUGUACUGUGUAAGAAGUACUAUAGCCAAUGGUGUGCAUGGUAUUUUAAAGCAUCUACUUAAAUAUAUUAUUUUUUUUUUUGCUGUGAAAACAAAAUAGUGAACUGUUCUGCUUCUUUACUGCAGAUUCCUAAUUGAACCAUUCAGAGCUUUUGCCAGUGCAUUGCGUUAGACCGUACACCUCGCAGCUUUCAUGUAUAUAUUGUAGGUAAAGCACAACUGAAGUAAGCUAGCUGCAUUAAGAUGCUUGUGCACCUUUGAGCUUUCCGUUGAUCAGUUUUCUUAAUGGGAACCGAAAUAAUAAAUUAAUUCUACAAACAUUGAUCACAAAGCACAAAGAGAACAUUUCUUAAUAAGAUUUGCUAAUGGUUUUGGUAAAAGAGAAAUACAAUUUUAUUUAAUUGUAGAUGCUGAAUUAUCUGUGCAUGUGAGGGUAAACAUACAGGCUCACUUCUGUAAUAGUGCAACAGAUUUUGUAUUAAAAAUAAAUGUGGUUUUAAAAUUUUACGGUUUGUUCUGUUUACACUAGCAGUAAAAAUGACAUCUGAUUCACCGUGUAAUUAAGAAUUCAAACUGGACAAAAGCAUGGAACGACUCUGGCAGAAGUUGUUCCCAUGAUGCUAUGGGACUUUAGGCACUGCAGCCAAAUUAUUUACAGAAAGUUGCAUAUCUUUACACGCUACCAUUUGAAAAAAUGUGAAUUUGUCUGACCAUUUCCCAUUGAAAACUCCUGCUAUUUACAUUUUACUUCCAUGGAUGCUUUAUUUAGUCAUAUUUCUGCAAAGAAGAAAACCAGACCUGCAAGAGUGAAUAAGAGAAAAUAAGAAUGUUAAUUCAAAGUUAAGAGCCCUCAGGUAGGAUCCCAAAUCAGGAUUUUGUGUCGUAAAGGAAUUGUCUGACAUGGAGAGUUCUGGGUGCCUGUUUUUAAAAGGUACAUGAAGUGAGGAAAUUUUAAGUAACAUCUUUUACAGUGCACAAAAUCCAUUGCAAUGCUUUUUUUCAGAUUUUGUCUAUUCUGUGUAUGAAUGGAAACAGACUGGGCAGGACGGCAGCUGCUCUGCAGGGAAGACUGCAGGAAGGCCAUGGAUUCCAAGAGGUCCAGAUGUGCCAGGAAAUACAUCAGUGUUGACAUUUGGCCAUGAUGCUGGAAAGAGGAAUUUUAUCACUGAAUCAGAAGCCAUUCUGUCAGCCCUUCUGUGUGUCAUUGGAAAACCAUGGCUAUUCCAGCCCUUGUCAUCUGCAUAGUCUCAGUUCUGGCACCUUCAGAAACUGGGCUGCCUGUUUCUCUGUACAGGUAUCUGUUGAUUUUUCCAGCAAUGUGCAUUGACUGGGAGAUAUGAAAUACAGCUGUUUGUGUUUUGAUUAAAGACUAAUUCCUGAAAAGAGGGGUCUGAGCUCCCUGGGCUUUGUUGGGACAAAAGAUUUCAUACAAUAACCAUUUUUGGAGACACACAUACGUUCCUUGUGCAUGUUCCCCAGAGUGUACUGACUAAUACGUAUAGUUGCUACAUUUUCCUUAUAGUGAACCUUUGCUUUUGGUUUUCUUCUCACUGAAGUGAUUGUGUAAAUCCAGAGGGAAUUAAAGAGGAUACCCCAA